CCCUAAAAACAAAACGAAAGUUCACAGGUACCCGGCUGCGAAAAGACCUCCUCGGUCAUCAUCAUCACGCGUCACAUAAACGCGGCCAUCACCUCCUCAACAAAACCAACUCAACAGCAGUCAGCAAUGGCCACAUGAUGAUACCGCACAUCUAGGAGACCGAGACGAGGACAGCGAAUCCGGGUCGGGUCCCAAAUGCGAAUCCGAACCCGAACCCAACAACCCGCAACCGUUACCUUUAUAUGGGAGGAAACCCCCUCGUCGACGGCGUGCGUCGCUUGCUCCAUCGCCGCCGCCACCAACGCCCUCCUCUGAGUGCAGAUCGAGAGGAUUCGGGUCCGGAUUUAUCCGGGAUUAGAUCCAUUAAGGUCUCUAAUCGAAGUCGGGUCGCUGGACCCGAAUCCAUUAAGAAGAACAUGCAUGACUCAGAGUUCUUCACAGAAUAUGGCGAGGCAAGUCAAUACCAAAUACAAGAAGUCAUCGGGAAAGGGAGUUAUGGUGUUGUGGGAGCUGCUAUUGACACCCACACUGGAGAAAGGGUAGCAAUCAAGAAAAUCAAUGACGUCUUCGAGCAUGUCUCAGAUGCCACACGAAUCCUUAGAGAGAUUAAGCUUCUCAGGUUGCUCCGACAUCCUGAUAUCGUGGAGAUUAAGCAUAUAAUGCUUCCUCCAUCUAGAAGGGAAUUUAAAGAUAUUUAUGUUGUUUUCGAGCUGAUGGAAUCAGAUCUUCACCAAGUUAUAAAGGCAAAUGAUGAUCUUACCCUUGAGCAUUAUCAAUUUUUUCUGUACCAGCUUCUUCGAGCCUUGAAAUACAUCCAUACAGCUAAUGUAUUCCAUCGGGACUUGAAACCCAAGAAUAUACUUGCCAAUGCAGACUGCAAGUUGAAAAUCUGUGACUUUGGACUUGCUCGCGUUUCAUUCAAUGAUACCCCAUCAGCUAUUUUUUGGACUGAUUAUGUUGCAACUCGGUGGUAUCGGGCUCCUGAACUAUGUGGUUCAUUUUUCUCUAAGUAUACUCCUGCAAUUGAUAUUUGGAGCAUAGGAUGUAUAUUUGCAGAGGUAUUAACGGGGAAACCAUUGUUUCCUGGGAAAAAUGUCGUGCAUCAGUUGGAUCUCAUGACCGAUCUACUUGGAACCCCUUCACCUGACUCCAUUGCAAGGAUUCGAAAUGAAAAGGCAAGGAGGUAUUUAAGUAGCAUGCGGAGAAAGCCACCUGUUCCUUUCACUCAGAAGUUCCCUAAUGCAGAUCCACUGGCUCUGUGUUUGCUCGAGCGACUUCUUGCAUUUGAUCCCAAAGAUCGGCCUACUGCUGAAGAGGCAUUAGCUGAUCCCUACUUUAGGGGUCUUGCCAAUGUAGACCGUGAACCAUCAACGCAGCCCAUUUCUAAACUUGAGUUUGAGUUUGAAAGGAGGAAACUAACAAAAGAAGAUGUGAGAGAGUUAAUUUACAGAGAGAUCCUGGAGUAUCAUCCUCAGAUGUUGCAAGAGUAUCUUUGUGGUUCAGAUCAAACUAGUUUCAUGUACCCAAGCGGGGUUGACCGUUUUAAGAGACAAUUUGCUCAUCUUGAAGAGCACUAUGGAAAGGGCGAAAGUAGCACUCCCCUUCGGCGACAAUAUGCUUCUUUACCGAGGGAGAGGGUAUGUGCAUCCAAGGACGACAUUCCAGACCAAAACAAAGAUUAUGAAAGGAGAAGUGCAGCUUCUGUUGCCAGAACUACUCUUCAAAGCCCACCGAGGACCCAAAAUGGAGAGGGAUCAGAACGUAAAUCUGGUAUACAAAAUGGAGUAAGCAAAGCAAAUUACAGCCCUCACAGCUUGCAUAGGAGCUCGAGCAUCAGCACUACUAAGUGUGUGGUUGCCAAUGGAAGAAGGAUCUCAGAAGAUGAAUGUCGAACAGAUGAGGUUGAUGGAUUGUCACGCAAGGUGACAGAGUUAUAUGCAUAAAUUCAACGAGUGCCACACUCGAUACAGGAAGCAUUAAGAAUAGCACUUGAUAAGGAUCAAUGUGUUUGAUUAAAUCUUUUGGGUUCGAGUACUUACAUGGGGAUCCUUGGUGGCUUCCUCUUUGAUGUCCUCUUUGUAAUUGUUAUUUGAAAAAGAAAAGAAAAGAAAUCAUACAGUUGUAGUAGAUUUAAGUUUAUAAUAUCUUAGGUAUAUUUAUGUUGUACUAUUUAUUUAUUUAUUUUGAUGUUCUAAUUUAUGAUCUGAUGAUA